AUGGCUUCUGUAUCUUGGCAGGGUAUAUUUCUAACCAUAAUCAUUAUCGCUACUCUGUUUGGCAAUAUCUUAUGCCUGUAUAUUCUCUUAAAGCCUCAACGUCGGCUGCUCAAGCGUCCACUCUACAUAUUUAUUUUCAACAUCUGCGUCGCAGAUAUUGCAGUCGUGGUGUGCUCAAUGCUUGUCAAAACUGCGGACGAAUUUCACCAGGACUGGUUUUAUGGCAAAGCGAUGUGCCAAAUCAUCGAGUAUUCGCAGCGAGCUUUGUUUCGUGUGAACGUCCUCACCCAUCUUUCCAUUGCGUUUGAACGAUACUUCAGCGUUGUGUUCGCGCUCAAGCCACAGGUACAGAUGACAAAACCUAUCGCUCGUCAAAUAAUUACCUGUAUAUGGGUCUUCUCGUUUAUCAUUUCAAUCCCUCUUAUAUUCUCCUUCGAUGUUCAGGAAAAGAGUGGCAACAGAAUUUGUCAGCUAAUCCAUCUACCCUGGGGCUGGGUCGAUAAGCUGUACUGCAGCAUCGAUCUUAUCAUUUUCUUUUUAAUCCCGCUCGGAAUCCUCUUGUUUCUAUAUGGAAGCAUCAUCACAACGCUAAACCGCCGAAAACGACAGACGGGUGACCUAGGCUCCAUCAACGCAACAAUGAAUACUAUUCGCGCUGCGAUCCGCGGUGUUCGCGUCUCGAUAAUUGUCGUGGUGGCGUUCAUUAUCUGUUGGAUUCCUGUAAUCGUAAAGGGUUUCAAUCGCUUGAUCGUGCCAAAUGUGAAUUCGGAUCGCACAGAUCCCCUCUACGCAACUGCGAUGUAUUUAGCGUUCACGAAUGAUGCUAUUGUACCGCUUCUAUACUGUGUGCUUGACAGUAACCUAGCACCGUCUGUCAAGAAGAUAUUCGACUGUUUUCAAGACCCCCAGGACGAAGAAAGUUCUGAGGAAAACGGAACAAUUCAUGAAUUAUAG